AUGAUAUCCAGACUCCAUGCUCCUGCUGCACCAUACCUAUGCAUCUUCAUUGUUGUUCAAUGGCCUUGCAUUAGCAAGACUUUCGGCACUACAACAUCUAUGGAGUCUCCGAAAUCCUCUUCUCCAGUCGUCGGCUCAUUAAGCGGCCAAUCCUCCAGGUCCAGGAGCAGCACCAAGUUGGCCGACGAUGUCACGAGCCUCACCUCCUUCAACCCCUUCUCUGAGGAGGAUGAACACGAUCAGUCAUCCUAUACCUUCGUUACAUUUUUCUCGCGUGUGAAGAAUUCACUUUCUGUCCCUCUAUCAUCUGCAGUCUCUGGCGCAACGUCCAGCUCAGCAACUGCCAACCACACGAUCCCAACCACGACCAUAUCUGAGGCUCGACGUCCAUCAUACACCACUACCCAAACUGGCACAUCCAGCUUCUCUUCUCGGACCAACAAUUCAGAUAGACCGAACCCCCUCAUCGCUGCACCAGCCACUGCGGCCCCACCAUUGGUUUCGCUAACACCCGCGAGAUCAGAGCUGCCGACAUAUGCGGUCGAAUAUGAUCGCUCUUCUUCCCAAAGACCGCCAUUCUCUCCCUCAUUGGAUACGGGUAACAACGUGCAGUUUGGAACCUCAAUUCCCGGCUUCCCCAUCCAAGAUGACGCGCGAAGCGUCAAGACCACAGCGAGCGUUCAUCGGUCAGGUUCAGUCUAUAAAGUGAUGCGGCGUCUGAGGGGAGAAGGGUUGUCUCGAGAUUACUGGAUGGACGACGAGAAUUGCAAGGAGUGUUACGAUUGCAAGAGCGUGUUCACGACAUGGCGCAGAAAACACCAUUGUCGUAUCUGUGGUCAGAUCUUCUGUUCGCGCUGUGCAUCUAACAUUAUCAAGGGGGCGAGAUUCGGAGCUGAGGGGAUGGUCCGCGUCUGCAAUCUGUGUCUAGAGAAACUCGCCGAAGUCGAGGAAGAUGACGACGACGAUCGACGUUCUAUCAUAUCAUCUGCCACAACGUUUCCUGCUCAUCAGCUUGGCCUGGACAAUCGCCACCCGCAGUCCCCUUUUGCUGCCUCUCAACUCUUCGGACGCACAGACGAACCUUUCAAUUUAUUUUCGAUCGCGGAAACACAAAGAAAGCCAAUCUACGAUUCAGAUGGGAGCUUUUCUCGCCCAGAGACACCCCACUUGCGAGAAGGAGAAGAUGGUGUAUGGGAGACCGUCAGGGAUAAUCCAGCGCCGUUUCGACGGGCGCUGUCGGACGAGGAGAAAGACUCGGGCAAUUCGCCCAACUCAUUUCAAGGAGAUGGUUCUCCGAAAGUCCCUGACACAAAGAGCAAGCUCGAUGUACUGGCUACCAAACCUAUCACUAUUGACACAGCGACCAGUUCAAUACAAUUUCCCGUAGGAUCUCCGGAUGGUCUUGGAACACCCCGUAGCCUAACGAAAUCAAGAGUCUCUAGCAAUGUCUAUGGGGGAGAUUUCGAAGUUGCCACCCCUUUCAUCAGAAGCAGGGUCCAGAGUAGGUUGGAUCCCGCCACCUUCGAAACCGAACCUGGCUGGCGUACAAGGCGUGAAAGUACAGCUUAUGCUCAGGAGCUCAAUCUUGCGUCCAUGCUACAUCUGAAGAUCAUGUUGCGACAAAUGCUUACUCUAGAAGGAAUUCCUAAUAUCAAAGAAUGGGAAGAGAUUCUCCUUCGACUGGCGCUUCGCAUCGCAAGAGAAAUGACAUUUACUGCCCUGCCGCAUCGGCAAGGCCAGGAUAUGGACGUCCGUCGAUAUGUCAAGAUCAAGAAGAUACCCGGUGGAAUGCCCAAAGACUCGGAAUACGUUCCCGGCGCCGUCAUCACAAAAAAUGUAGCCCACAAACAGAUGUCGAGACUCCAGCUAAACCCACGCGUGAUGCUUGUGACAUUUCCUUUGGAGUUUUCGCGUGUGGAAGGGCAGUAUAUGCACUUCGGCCAAAUUGUCAGGCAGGAGAAGGAGUAUCUGGGCAAUCUCGCAUCUCGCAUUGCCGCUCUUCGACCCCAUAUCGUCCUUGUCGAGAAGUCUGUCUCCAGGCUUGCUUUGGACGCCCUUGCAAUGCAUAACAUUGCCGUUGCUCGUACGGUGAAGCCCUCAGCAAUCCAAACAAUUGCGCGCAUGACACAAGGAGACGUCUUCUCGUCGAUGGACAAGUUGGCUUUGGAACCUCGACUUGGCCAUUGUGCUCGGUAUUCCAUUCAAACGUACGACCACCCGUUGAUUCCUGGUCGCCGCAAGACCUACAUGCGGUUCGAGGGCUGCAACCGCGACAUGGGCUGCACCAUCAUAUUGAGAGGGGCCGACAUUGAUACUCUACGGCGCGUCAAGAAGGUCACUCGUUUCCUAACGUUUAUUGUCAGGAAUUUAAAGCUUGAGACCCACCUGUGGAAAGAUUCUGUGAUCAGCCUUCCUUUGCUCAACUCCCAAGCAAUACCAUCGUCUGGGACUCGUCAGAACAAACUCAGCCUCUCGGCAACUUCCCUUUUAAUGCCCUAUUCGAGUUCCUCAACGCAGAAACUUUUUGUUCCUAGUGUUUCUAGAUCAGGUUCAGUCAAUUCUCUGUCCGAGUCACCGACUUCAGCCGAAAAAGACAGUGAUGAAGACCUUCCUAACGAGGAUGCAGAGCAGCUUCGCCUCACUCGGAGGAUUGAUGAAUCACUUGAACCGUAUACUAGGACAUUUAUCUCUGUUUCUGCCACCUUGCGGUUCCCUCCUCCUUAUCCUAUUAGGCGGAUGAAGGAGUUGGAUGACAUGCUGCUAGAAGCCAAACGGCUCUGGGAGGAUGAAAUUGUUCGCCGGGAAGAGCACACUCAGUCUAUGCACAAGCAAGAGGAAACCAUUACGCCUACUACGGCGGAUGUCCAGUCUUCCGAACUACGACUCACCAUUGAACCGGACGACAUCGCUGCUCAAAUAGAAGCGUUGCCAGUUCUGAAUUUGCCGACAACUCCCUUACCUCAAGAGGGCUUCCCAACCACCAGCUCGCUAGAAGGAGGCACCUCAUAUUUUACCCUCAACCCGCAGCCUUCCUACCCCAUCUCGCCCAUGCCCUUAAGUGUAAUUGUUCCUCGUGAAGAGCGUGACCCUAAGAAGACCGCAGAUGACAUUCGCCACCAAAGCCACUAUACCCUAAUAAAGUGGCAGCAUGAAGAAUUCAGGCGUAUCUGGGAGUGGUAUCUUCGCAAAAAUCCCGACGAUUUUGUUGUCGAAAAGUACCAGUGCAUCCACCUCCGAGAAUAUACAGUCCCAGGCCCCGACAUGGGUCAACAUCGGCCAUGUUUCGAGCCAACACUACGAUAUGUCAAAUUCUAUGGCGAAAACGACAUGACUCUUGGUCAGUUCAUCGAGAGAUCCGUAACCGAUACUCUUGUUCAAUUCUUGGAUCCCAAAGCUAUUUGCACCGGCAAGGGUUGUGACCAGCCCCUUGCUCGUCACUGCAAGGUUUAUGUCCACAAUGAGUCCAAAAUUUUUGUUGCUGUCGAGCAGUGGGAUGGUCAAAUCAUUGGUCGUGCAUUCCAUCCUUCACCUGAUCUUGUCACCACCUGGAGCGCUUGCCGUGUGUGUGGGUCCGCGACACCUUUCAUCCCUGUUUCCGAAGAGAUGCAGCGCUACUCGUUCGCAAAAUUCUUGGAGCUUCAUUUCUAUCCGGCAGAUGUUAAGUUAGUUCAGGGAGCAGGUUGCCAACACAACAUCUACCAGCACCACAUUCGAUACUUUGCAUCCAAGGGCAUGACUGUGCGUUUCCAGACAGAUCCUAUUGUCUUGCAAGAAAUUAUAUAUCCCCCCUUCCGAAUCCGAGUUCGCCCCGAAGCACAGCUGGAGCUCAAGAACGCGGACUUCGACAGGCUGCAUCAUUGCAACAUGCUCUGGUAUACGGGCCUAAUUGACGAUUUAAAGUUAAUUAUCAUUGACGCAGCAACAGGCGACCAGGAGACAGAUGCACAACUUUUGGCAGAUAUCAACACCCUUAUCACCAGAGCUGAAACAGAACGGGAGGAUAUCACCAGACUCAUAAAUCAGAUAUAUAGAGACUCACUGCCGACUGACACCUUAGCGCUGAACCAGGUCCAUGCUUAUCGACAGGAUAAGAUUGUGGCCUGGCAAGCGGAUUUCGAUAGACUGCCCAAACCUCGACCAGUGCAGACCCUCAGUCGGAACAGCAAACGAUCUUCAGCUUUUGGAUCUGUUCGUGCCAUGUGGCCCAGGAGAUACGAUCUGGCCGGUGCAUUUGAGAGUCCCCAUUUACCGUCUUCCAGCGUGUCAGAAGCAGAAGAAGGGCCUCUCAAGCAAAAGAGGGUGGUAACUGGAGACUCUAUAGCGUCGUCUGCAUCAGAAGCGUCCGAGCCAGAGACGGGACCAGAAACAGAAGAGAGAACGGACAAACGCUCCAGCAAUGUCGAUGAUUCACGAUCCCCCGAACCAGAGGGUUCCAAACCGCCUUCUGAAUCGAUGCAAACGACACCCAGCGAUGUGCAACCAAAGUCAGACGCCGAUAGCGAUUCCACAAUUGGCGCCGCUCGCGAGGAUGUUGGUCCCAAAGUACCUAUUCCGGUGCAAGGAACAGAACCCACUGCUGAAGAUACCGCUGCCAGGGCCUCCCGAUUACCGCGGCGAGCACAAAAUUUGACCGUCGCUGAGCUUGUGAAGAAAUAUCAAGACUUCCUCCCUGCGCAAGGGGUGCAAGAUCUGGCGCAGACUGCGUUCGGUCCACGCCCAGUCAUGUCCGAGAGUGAGCAAGAAUAUCCUUCACAGGUCACUCUUCGACCUGCAACUCGUGGCAAGAGUCGCCAUCGUAUUCCCAUCCGAAAGCCCUCUACUUCCGAUUUCGAGCAAGGUUAUGCCGCAAACGUGGCACCUCGGUACUUGUCCAACUCGCGAAAAUCCCUCGCGACUGCCACGGGUAGCCGCAUCCCUGGCCCAAAGGGAAUAGGUGCCCUCGAAUCGCAGCAGUCGUCGAGGCGGCCUUCACCAGAGAAACGCCCUGUCUAUAGUGAAGGUGGAAGAGAAGUUCGAUUCAGUCGUCCGGCUUCUCCUCAUGGAAGCAGGUUCCCGAACAAUAACAAGCAAACUAAGCCUCGAGUCGUUAGUCGAUCCAAGGAUAAGGUUGUACCACGGCCUCCUUCAACUACCGGCAGCAAAUUAGCUGCCCGACGCCCACCAUCAGUAACCGGCGGCAAGGUUUCUAACAUGGCAAAACAUUAUGAACGGCUUGGCCGCGAUGCAGAACGACAAAAGAGUCGAUACGCCGUCAUUAGGGGAAAACGCGCUCGUCCUGUCGCUUCUGCUCGGGCAAAAGUGGAGGUCCUCGACAGUCUUAAAGACGCCAUCGCGGAUGAUUCUGAAUCCUCCAAUUCCUCAAGUGAAGCUGAUGACGAAGAUGAGGGUAUAGACGAAGAAAGACCAGUUGGACUAAAGAUUCGACCGCAACUACCGACAUUAGAUCUCCCUCCCCCGGACCCCGUCCCACAAACUGCGCCACCUACUGAAUCAUUUCCCGAGAUUGAACACUACCAGCCUUCCUCUCAGGAAGAGGAACCCUCCACAGCACAUCUCCCACCGCCUGGCCAGAUAUCCUUACCGUCAUCCCCUUUCUUGGCCUCUAUGAAGGCGAAACAAGAAAUGGCGCUCACCCCACCUGCGUCAGACAUCGAAGCAGGUGGGAUUGAAAGGAACUCUAUUCUCAAAGCGUUGUCAGGGUUUUGGCCCCAACCUACUCGUCACGCUCCUGAGGACGACGCGAUGAGCGAUCCUGAGCACAUCUUCCGCGAUUCCUCAAUGGUAGUCCGCCUCGAUGAACCUACAUCCAUUAUUGCUUUAGCCCUGAAUUCUCCGCAAUACCGCGAGAUGCUGGCGAGAUCUCGAGCAGAAAAGAAAACCGCGCGGGAAGCAAAACUCACAGAAGGAGAAGUUUUCAUGCCGGAUGAUCGAUCGAUUGCAGAUUCGACGUCUACUUGGGGUGUGGUCAAUCUAGACUCCGUCGAUUCUACGGACCCUGCCGACGAUUUACUCGUUCCGUCUUCUAAGCUGCCAUGGGCGAUAACUUUCGAAAGCGGAGGAUUGACCAUUAGCUGUACUGUGCUCUACCCGGAACAUUUUGAUGCAUUACGAAGGACGUACGAUUGCGAGAAGAGCAUGGUAGAGUCUUUGUCAAGAUGCGUUAAAUGGAAUGCCAGCGGUGGAAAAUCUGGUUCAGCCUUCCUUAAAACGAGAGAUGAUCGAUUCAUAGCCAAAGAGUUAUCCAAGCCAGAAUUGCAGACAAUGGAGACAUUUGCGCCUGCCUAUUUUGACUAUAUGUCCUCGUCAGUCAAUGCCAAUCGACCAACCCUGCUAGCCAAAGUCUUCGGAUGUUACAAAUUAACGUUCAGGAAAACUGGAAAAGAGAGAGGAUCCAGCAAGUCCAAGUCCAUGCAAAUGAAUCUGGUCGUUAUGGAGAAUCUCUUCUAUGACAGACGUUUCUCUAGAAUCUACGAUCUGAAAGGGUCAACAAGGAAUCGCCACGUGCAAUCGACCGGCAGAGAAAACGAAGUUCUGCUUGAUGAAAAUCUUGCAGAAACUGCUCACCUGAACCCUCUCCACCUUCACGAGCACUCGAAACGCAUUCUACGUGGUGCUCUCUACAAUGAUAGCAAGUUUCUGGCAGAUAUCAAUGUCAUGGAUUACUCCUUGGUUUGUGGGGUUGAUAUUGUGAAGAACGAACUUGUUGUCGGAAUCGUGGAUUACAUCCGGACUUACACGUGGGACAAAAAGCUAGAGAGUUGGGUCAAGGAAUCUGCCUUCUUGGGUGGUGCUGGGCGAGGCGAACCUACCAUUGUAACCCCAAAGCAAUAUCGACAGCGGUUCCUUGCCGCUAUGGAUCGCUACUUCCCCCUGGUGCCAGACCGAUGGAUGAAACAGGUUGAAGCCCCCGAGGAAGAUUCUACUGUCCUGUCUGAACUGUGGCCAGACUGGUGA